AUGUCAUUCCUUUCUGGAAAAAAAAGUAUCCUUCAGGUUUUCUUUCUUUCUUUCUUUUUCCAUCGGACAUUUUCUUUCUUUCUUUCUUUCUUUCUUUCUUUCUUUCUUUCUUUCUUUCUUUCUUUCUUUCUUUCCACAUAUUUCUUCUUUCUUUCCACAUUUUCCUUUUCUUACUUCCACAUUUUCUUUCUUUAUUUCUACAUUUUCUUUCUGUCUUUCUUUCUCUCUUUCCAUAUUUUCAUUCUUUUUUUCUAUAUUUUUCUUUCUCUCUUUCUUUCGUUGCACAUUUUCUUUUUCUUUCUUUUUCCGUCCCACAUUUCUUUCUUUCUUUCUACAUUUUCUUCCGUUCUACAUUUUCCUUUCUACAUUUUCUUCUUUCUUUCUUUUUCUUUCUUUCUUUCUUUCUUUCUUACCACGUUUUCUUCCUUUCUUUUUUCAUUCCACAUUUUCUUUUUUUCUUACUUUUCCCAUUCCACAUUUUCUUUCUUUUUCCUUAUCAGCCGUCUUUUUUCUCAUAUAGAUUCUUUCCUUUCAUUCCUAUCUAUCUAUCUAUCUAUCUAUCUAUCUAUGUGCGCAAAUAUAUCGAUCUUAUUCAGUAUAUAUAUUUUUAUUUCCUUCCCAGAACGUUAG